UUUCGCCGCGCGCUUCCAAAUUUUUCAAAUUUCACGAAACUAAUAACAUUCCACUCCCUCUUUCAAUUUUCAAACACCUCAAUUCAAUUUCUUCUUACACUCCAAAAACCAAAUUCAAAUUGCAAUAAACCUUCAUGAACCACCACCACCACCAAAUUACCCACAUCCAUUCUUCUUCUUCUUCCACCGAUGGUGAUAGAAAACAGCGUCCAUUCCUUCUACACCAAGCUGCGUGAAUCAGCACGCGCCACUUCUUCCUCCCCAGUCCUCAUCUUCCCUUCAACCUCCGACGUCGACUCGCUCUGCGCCCUCAAGAUCCUCUUCCACAUCCUCCACUCCGAUGCCAUCCAAUACGCCUGCUACCCUGUCUCGUCUUUCAAGGAGAUUCACAACUACAUCAACUCCAAAAACGACCACCCUGUCUCCGUCGUUUUGAUCAACUGGGGCUGCCACAGAGACCUCACCACAAUCCUCAACCUCAACCCUAGCUCACGCGUUUUCGUCGUCGAUAGCCACCGCCCUGUCCACCUCAACAACCUCCGUCACCAAAACGACGCCGUCGUUGUCCUCUUCACCGACGACGACCAGAAGGAAGCUAACCAGAUCUACGAUUUCAGUUUCCCCCUCGAAGAUUUCGCUAACGCCGCCACCGAGUUACCCGAAUCGGAAGAUUCAGGAUCCGAAUCGGAAAGUAGCAGCGACGAAGAUGAAGAAGAAGGAGAGACUGGAAGUGGAAGGAAGAGGAAGAGGGAUUCGAAUUCGGUGGAGGAGGAGGAUCCGGUGAAGCUAUACAAGAAGAUGAAGAAAGAGUACUACGGAUUCGGAACUUUUCACGGGAAACCCUCGGGUUUUCUCAUGUUCGAAUUGGCUGAUUCUCUUGGGAAGAACACAAACGAAUUGCUGUGGCUCGCUUGCGUUUCGUUAACGGAUCAAUUUGUGCAUGAGAGGCUCAGCAAGGAGAGGUAUGAAGCCGGUGUGAUGGAUCUGGAGCAUUACAUGAACAGUCCCUGUAACCUAGAGGCUGUGACUUCGGUCACGCUCAAAGACGGGACCAAAAUUCGUGCACCGAAUCAGUCGCGGAUUGUGAAUGAGGAAGAACCGAUGCUUAUGCUGUUGCAGGAAUGGAACCUUUUCGAUUCGAUGUUGUGUUCUUCUUACAUCGCGACGAAAUUGAAGACUUGGAGUGAUAAUGGGAUGAAGAAGCUGAAGCUAAUGCUUGCGAGGAUGGGUUUUGCGCUCGUGGAUUGUCAGCAGAAGUUUCAGUACAUGAACAUUGAGGUGAAACGGAAGAUGAAACACGGUGAUUUCAAGAAGUUCUUGACGGAUGAGUAUGGGUUGACUGAUUUUUACUACCGGAGCUUUCUCCGUAUUCAUGGGUAUAGUUCUAGGGUUUCUGCGGCAGAUGUGGUGUAUGGUGUCACCGCGCUUCUUGAAUCGUUUGUGAAACCUAAAUCCGAUGAGGAUGGUGACGGUGGUACUUGUGCUUCGAAGAAGCAGUUUGGGAUGGCUUAUGAUGCACUUUCAUUGAGCAAUCUUGACAAGCUUAAAGUUGGGAUGCAACAAGCUAUUAAGAUCCAGAGGUCGAUUUUGAGACAAGGAAGCAUAGCGGUUACGAAGAAUGGGUGCAUUCGAAGUUGUAGGAAGUUCCGUUGGAUGAAGCUUGAGGAUUCCGUGGAUGCUAAGCUGUUGGGGUACCCACAGGCAUUGACAAAGUUUGGUUAUUUUGUGAUGGAUGCUUUGAAGGAAAAGGGGGCAAGGAUGAAGCCUCUGCUCUGUGCUUGUUUGUCUCAGGAGACUAAUAAGAUGCUGGUUGUUGGAGUGUGUGGGAGGCCACGUUUGGGUGGCGGUCAGGGAAACGCGUUCGGAGUUGCCUUCAGCAAAGCAGCUCAGGAUAUUGGGGCAGAGUAUUUUCAUGAGCUGUUCGAGUCGUCGUGGAUUGUUCUCGAGGCUAAUGUUGUAAACUCCUUCAUGGUGAGGUUGACUGAGAAUCUGUGAGCGAUGCUGUUGUUGAGGAUGGUAUUUUCUUCUCUAACUGCAGUGCCUUGCCUGAGAUUAUUAAUAAAUGAUGUUAGGUUGCUGGUGUUGCACCAAAAUAGGACUAUUUGUUUUUAGUCUUACGAAUUAUGAUUUAUAUGCAAAGCAUCUUCAUUUGAAUUUCUUUCUCAUUCUAUUCCCUCUCUGAUUUGUUAACUUAGACACUUUUCUUGUAAACAUAUGCCUUGUUGUAAUUUGGAAGAAACAAAACCUUGGAGUUUC